AUGGCGAUCUCCCCUGCGCCAGCGGCCUCAGCCGAGGUGAUCGGCAGUCAUCACGAAAAGACGGACCUCGAGAUGCACUCUCAUGUUGAAAACACUUCGGACAGCUCACCACAGGUUCUGAUUGAAGACGAGGAUGAUGGUAAACUUACGAAGGAAGUGAUUUUGGCGUUCUUGGCCAUGUGUGGUCAGCUCAACGCCUACAUCAUGAGCAUGCUGAUUCCCGCGACGAUCCUGCCGUUCAUCAACGCAGAGCUGGGUCCGGAUCCAAACUCGACUUGGAUCACACUCACGUGGACCUUGGGUGCUUCUAUUCUUAUAUCUAUUGGAGGGCGUCUGUCCGAUAUCUUUGGUCGUCGCUACUUUUUGAUCACUGGCGCUCUUAUCUCCAUCUGCGGCACUCUCGUUGGCGCCAACGGAAAGAGCAUCAACAUGAUGAUCGCUUCUGGCGCUCUGUUUGGUAUCGGAAGUGGAUUCCAAGAGCUGUGCUAUGGCUGUGUGCAAGAGAUCGUGCCCAACCGUUGGAGGAUCAUCGCCGUCGGCGGCUUGGACUUCUCGCUGGCCUUAGCGUUCAGCUCGCCGGUGGUAGCCUAUGCCUUCAUCGCCUACCAGCCCAUCGGCUGGCGUGGGUGCUACUGGUACCUAUUCGCCUUCCACUGCUUUGCGUUCAUCCUGCUCUUCUUCUUCUACAAGCCCCCAGACUUUGAUAUGAAGCACCGUGAAGAUGGCAAGACCAAGCUGCAGCUGCUGGCAGAGCUCGACUACGUUGGUGUCUUUCUCUUCUUGACGGGCGGUGUUCUGUUCUUGCUCGGGGUGAACUUUGGCGGACGGACAUACCCGUGGAGCCACCCGGGGACCAUCGCACCUAUUGUGGUCGGCGGUUGCUGCUUCAUCGCCGUCGGCUUCUGGUGCGCAUAUGCGGACCUGAAGUACCCGCUGUUCCCGCCCAAAUUGUUCAAGAAAGUUCGAGAAUUCGACAUGGUCAUCGUCGUUUGCUUCGUGGGAGGCAUGCUCUACUACAGCAUGAACGUGCUCUGGCCGAGACAGUCGCAGGCCUUCUUCGUCAAGCCCGACGACACCAUCAUGAAGGGUGUGUACGCGCUCAUCUUCUCGUGCGGCACCUGGCUGGCCGCGCUGAUCACCAUCUUCGUCUGCCACAGGGUGCACCACGAAAAGUGGCAGCUCGUCGCCUUCAUGGUCGUGCAGACGGCGCUGAUCGCAUCGAUGGCAUCCGUGGGCUCGGACGACAAGGCGCAGGCCAUCGUCACGGUCGUGCUGGCGGCGGCCAUGAUCACGCCCCCGCAGCUGCUGUCGUUCACCAUGCUGUCUUUCGGUCUCGAAGACCAGCGCGACGUGGGUGUCGCUGUGGGCCUCGCGGGCACAUUCCGCCUCUUUGGCGGCGCGGUUGCCACGGCCAUCUACACGGCCAUCUACUCGAACCGCUUCGCCCAGGUCCUGCCCGGCGAGAUGCGAGGCGCGAUCGAGGCAGCCGGCGUGCCGUACUCGGACGGCCUGCUGCGCGGGCUGGUGUCGGCGGCGCAGGUCAACACGGCGGCGGCGUACAGCAAGGUGGCGGGCGCGACCCCGCGGCUCGUCGAGCUGGCGACCGAGGCGGCCAAGCAGUCGUACGUCAAGGGCUUCAGCAUGGUGUAUCUGGUGGCCAUCGCGUUUGGCGUGCUCGCGACCGUCGCGGCGGCGUGCACGGUCAGCACAGACCGGUCCAAGAAGAACAAUGCGCGGGCGGUCAUUAUGAAGAACGAGGUGGACAAGCUUGAGACCGCGCCGCCAUCCAAACUGGUCGAGUAG